CUCGACUUAUCAGACACCCCUAUUGCAAGGGAGGUCCGUCUCUUGCCCACUUUCCUGUUUGACGGUUUCGGCUCACACUCGCAUAAGAGCAGGAGAGCAGGAGACCACUCUUACAUUUAAGUCGAUUCUUCUUACUACAGAAAGGCUCCAAUUCUCCAAAAGCCGACGCGCCGCUGGAAGCAUCUGCAGGUGGACUAACAAUACGGCAAGAGCUAGACGACUAGCACAUUGUACAGCACCAUGGCCAAGCGGGACUCGGACAAAAACACUCAGCAGUAUCGAAGAGCUAGCGAAGACAUCGUGGCAGAAACAUAUACGGCAUAUACGGAUUCAUCAUCGAGUAUACCUGUUUCCGAUGAUGCCAGUCAAUUCUCGAAGGAGACGACCAGCGAUCGCAAAAAGAAGGGCUGGACAAAGUCCCUGAGAAAGGCCACCAGCUCGAUUCUUUACAUGGCCAUGCCCCCAACAAGUGCGGACAAUGUGCCGAUGGUCGUUGCUCAAACACCCAUGUCGCCAGAUCGACUUAUCCCAGCCCUGCAUUCUCCCAUUUUGCAGUCGCCCUCACUGAUGACCGUCUCGCCCAUGUCAACACUUACACCAACUUCACCAUCAACAGUAACGUCCGCCCUCUAUGUGCCCGUUUCCUCGACCGCAGCGUCGUCCACAGCAUCUGUCGCGUCAUCUUCCGUCGCGUCGACGUCAUCUCACAAACUUCGCACCAGCAUGGAACCGAUGAUAGGAUACCCUGGGUCAGGUAACUCUGCUCACUCAAGCACAGCUCACCAUAAACAGCGAUCUUCAUCUACCGCCUCUUCGACUUCAUCUUCAGCCCCCCAAAAGAAAUCUUUGAAAGGAAAGGAGAGAGCGGAGCCGAUUUUGGCGGAUUUACCCAAUGAGAGCAGCCAGGCACGCGCCAAAUCCGUCGAUAGCCCAGUGGCAGCUAGAUUCAUACCACCAGCAUCUCCACCCUCCUCGAAACCCAGUCAGACUCAUAUCAAGCAUACAAACAGUGCCAGCCUCGCAGCAGCGAGUAUUCCAGGCUCAUUGGGAUCUGCAGGAGCCUACAACGAAAUCCAGAAGACGUUACCUUCUCCACCGCUCUCGCCCAUGUAUGUCACCAGUGAAUCGAGGAACGGAAACCAUGCAGUGGACCAAAAGAAAUCAAUAGCCACGCUUAAAGCGAUCGACCAAGUGCUGUUUGCAACCUCUGGUCAAUCCGCCCAGCAAGCUGAAGAAGAACAAAUUAUUGUCAUCCAGAGGGACAUCAAGCCAGACCAUUUGCCCAUGCUCCCACCAAAUAUCUCGAGGCUUAGCUUUGCUCUCGAUGCUGGUCCUGAGCGGGUGGAUGCAUCGACCGCACCAAGUCAUCCCGAUCUUUUGGACAGUAAAGUGGAUCACAAGACCAAGGAUGUCAAAGAGAGGCACAAGGCCCAGACAACGAAGACUCGCGAGGAUAUAAUCCUGGAAUCAUUUGAGGACGCAGACGUAGAAAAUGAGCAACAAGAGCCAGAGGCCGAACAACAGCAGAUUCAGGAGAGCGGUGCCGCCCUUUCAUUGCCAGGAGCAUUUCCGGGCGCUUUCUCGGAUGUAGCGGUCGCAGAAAAACUGCAGCCAAAACAAGCAACGGCCCCCGCUCCAUUACCAUCGGUAUCCCGCCCUGCGAAGUCGAUCGCGAGAAAGUUGCAAUCAGAUCAGAGAGUUGCCUCUGUUCCUGCACCACCAGCUCCUCUGCCUAUUCAGUCGCCACCAGCUGCAGAUGUAACACAUGUUGUCGAGACCACCGUUAUCAGAGCGCCAAAAGUUGAAAUUGCUCGACAGACAGCGCCAUCGGAGCGGAAUCAACAAAAGCCAAAGGGCCUAAUUGUGGACGCUCCUAGAUCCCCUGUAACUCCUUUGCGGUCGCUGUCAAUAUCUCGCAGGUCAUUAAAGGACGCAGACGGUCCCAAGCCAAUCAAGAAUGCUCCCUGGCUGUGGCACCAGGAUGGAAUCCAUCACCAGCGCCUAGAGUCGCAUCAAAUCUUGACUAAGGAGCAGGUGUUCGAGCUGUACCAUUUGGAUCUGGAGCAAGACGGGCCCAACGGCUUUUUCUUGUUCAAGCUGGUCAAAAGGUUCAAGAAGCAGGAUUCUUCCUUGAUGGCAAUUUCUUCGGCCUUGCUAGACGCAGAGCUGACCGCGUCCCCUGCCUCAUCUCCAACUACGCCCACUGCCAUUCUCGAGUCACUCGAGGCCGUCUCGGUGUCCCAAAAGCUGAAGCGACAGCUGCUGCUACAGAAACGUAAGAAGCAACGAAAGUCAUCCAACGACAAUGAGGAGGAUGAGAACCUGGAGGCGUUGUUGACGAUGACGAACAAUAAUACGAGUCUGCAAAACUUGAACUCGUCACUCCAGGAGGUCAUUGAUGCAGUCGACUCUUUGAAGGAUAUGAAGGACGGAGAAGAGUGGUCAAGUCUUUUGAGCCAGUCCCGCCAGGUCACCCAUAUUCCAUCUCAACCCAAGAAGCCAUCGUAUCCGGACAGUGAAGGAGAGUAUACAUCGAGGGAUAAAGAUGCCAUGGAUAUCGACUUGCUGGAGAAGAGAAGGGGUGUCUAUGCUACAGGACGGCUGGAUGGGACGAAUCUUUUGCCCAAGAAGAAAUACAAGGCAUCUCAGAGACGAUCGUCAGUGUCGGCAGCAUCCCGAAUGGCAAGCAUUGGCUCACCUACUACACCUGGAAGCAACGGUGUCGAUUAUGGUGCACAGGAUGGUGCAGGAAACGAGCGGCGCGGCUCUGAUGCGACGGACGGGCCAUCAACACAACAGUUUAAGAAGCAGGCUGUCAGUCAGCUGCACAUCUAUAGCCGAAACGGACUCAAGUUCAAGUUUGAUGUCAUGGAGGACAACGAGCUGCAUUUUGUGGAGGCAUCAAAGAAGUACACUUUCAUGGAUCCAUUGGCCGCCCAUCGACAGCCAGAUCUGAAUGGGAAUAGCGAUGGAAUCUCGCCACUGCGAUCGCCUACUCUGCCCCUUCCUUCCAUUAGCCGCCGCACCAGCUCGGGAACAGCGUCAACAAUCAAUGACUCUAGCCGUCCCCGUCGCAGUGGUAGCACCAGGAGCAAGAGCACGCUCUCUUCUACGGGAUCCGCUAGUGGUCGAAGGGUGUUUGUGACCAGACUAGGUCGACAUACUCUCUUGACCUACAAUGAGUACAAGACCUUGACGAAAUCUGCAAGCAGUUUCACUCUCGGUGCCAAGUUGCUGAUCCAGCGGUCUAUCGCAGUAGCCACUCCCAGCUUUUACAACUCGUCUUCAACAAGCAAUGGUCACGGAAAGGAAUCGACUCAGACCAAUGCUCAUGACGCCGCGUCAGCUAUUAGCCCCACCAAGACCUCUUUCAACUCAUCCGCCAGUCCUACACCAACACCCGCCAGCGGUUCUGACGGCUCUGACUAUUUCAGUGUCAAGAAGAAGCCCCGCACGAUGUCCGGAUUCGCAUCUAAAGCCGUCGCUGCCAUCAAGUCACCCUCGACCCCUUCAGGAACGACGCAGUCAAAGACGCCCCGACCUAUUGUCACGCCCUACAACCCGAAUGACUAUAAGAACAAGUCGCUUUCGGUCUCAAGUUCCAUCACUGGGGCUUCAGAAGAAUCUCAUACACCGCCAACGCCCGCAGGCACUCCUUUAUAUACCCCAAUGGUAGUCGAUAUAUCCCGCUCUGAUUUCCCUUCUCCCUUCCCUAUGCCUCCUAGUCAUGCUUCUUCGCCUUCAGAGCCGAUCCCGUCUUCUCCCCAAACGCCAAUGAGCGCCGUCUCUUCCACGAUGCUUUCAACUUCGUCUCCUGUGUCAACGCCGUCCGUUUCGUCUUCAUCUUCCAACCCCUAUGGCUCGAUUAAGCGGCAGGGCAACCAAGCAGGCCUCAAAUUCCAGCAUCUUUUCGUCACAGUUCACCAGCGUCUUCAAAAGCUGGAGUUGGAUAACGGUGCCUCAUUUUAUGGAUCUUCUCUUGUGCAGUGGACGGUCAUCGAGGAUUCUGCUGAACUGCGAUGGUGGCGCGACAAGAUCGGUAUCCAGAUGAUUGGCCGUCUGGAGGGUGAUGAAUUGUCCCCUGCCACUGCUGCCAAGGUAGCAACGUCUAAAUCGUCGAACCAGUCCGCCUUUUCGUCGGCGAUCAGUGUGAGGUCGUCGUAUGUGUCGGCUGAUAGCUGUAUCUCGGAUGCCACGUCGUCGUCGUCCUCUUCACGCGGCUCAAAGCCCUAUAGGAGCCACGUCUCCGUCGAGAGAUUGGGGUACCGGUUCUUGAGAGUUUCUGGCCAUAUGGGUACACUGAAGGUGACAGUUUCGGAGCAGGUCGAGGCCAGAGCUGUAGGGUUGGCUGUGCGUGCCGAGAUGCUGCGACAGAAGUGGAUGGCCCAGGAGCAGCAGGGCUAUUCUGCCGCCUCAACCGAGGAGGAUCCCUUGGAGCAGCCCUGGGUUGAACUGACGGAUUUGCCAGCAGCCUUGAGUGAUGAUGACGAAGUGGAUGCGGACAAUAUGGGUGUUGAUAGCGACGUGGAGCUGGUUGAUCCCUUGGACAGAACUGUAUCAAAGAAACCAUCGGCGACCUUCUUUGACGAGUACGAGUAUGACGAGUGGACGGGUCGGACGCGACUAAAGAAGGAGUCGAGCACUGACCGGUUCUCUCGACGCAAGAGGCACGACCGUGCCGCUAAGAAACAAGAACAGUCAGCAUCGUUGAUAGAGAGAAUGACUAUGAUCGUGGGCCAGGCCAAGGCGUUCAAGGGCGACUGGUACAUGAAGAACGUUUACAAGUUUCAUUCUUAAAGUAGUAGUAGUCGUAGUCGAGUCCUAUUAAAAAUUAUUUCAGUGACG